AGUCAGUGCACUGGGUCUUAACAUUUAUCAGGCCCUCCAUAGCCUCAGGGCCCUGAAUGCAGGGGCCAGGUGCAGGAGCCCGAUUUCUAGCUGUGGGGGUACUUCUGAUAGGAAGGGGACCCCAUUCUCACUGCUGAGGCAACCACCACUAAGGAUCCUGGGCUGGGUGUUGGGCUGAGGUAUCUGGUGGUAGGUUCUAGAGCAGGGCAGGGGCCUGGGACUCACUCACAUGAAUGAUAACGUCUGGAUUAAUACUGCUGCACUCAAACAUCUAUCUGAUGAGGACAUCCAGAGCUGUGUUCCUAGGCCAAGCUUCGGUUCACUGUUCCAUGAAGCAUGGGUCAUGUAGAAGGGCUCACAACUGUCUCUGAGUUUCCAGGACCCAGCCCACAACUGCCGAGGAAGCCACACAGCCAGCUGUGCACAAGUGGGAACAUCCGUGUCUACUUGUAAGUGCCUGUCUGCCUGUGGGUCCUUGCUUCUGUGUGUGUCAGUCUCCACCUCCUGGCCACCCACGCAGAGGAGGGGAAGCUGAAUAGGCCGAGGUCCACGCCGCUGCCUCUGCUCCUGCUAGGAUGUGGCUCUUCCACACACUGCUCUACAUGACCAGCCUUGCUCUUCUGGCGGCCUUCAACGUGGAUGAGGCCCGGAUCUGGGUGACUCCUGAGGGAGACACACCCUAUGUGCUCAACUCCCUUCUUCACCAAGACUCCAGCACCAACCAGACCUGGCUCCUGGUCACCGGCCCUCAAACCAAGGGGGAAGCAGGCCUCCUGCACUGUUGUUCCCUCAUCCAAGAUAAGAUCUCCUGUAAACGAGUAGAGAUUGUCCCCACCCCAAAGGGAAGGUACCGGGGAGUGACAGUUGUUCGGAACCACCACAGUGUUUUGAUCUGCAUUCAAGUGCUGGCCCGGAAGCCCCACAGCCUCAGCUCAGAACUCACAGGAACAUGCAGCCUACUAUCCAACAACUUCCAAAACCACACCCAGGUCCACUUCUCCAACCUUGAAAAUCUGGAUCCUAGUGCACAUGUGGAUGACAGAAACUGCCACAGGAACAAGAAAGGCAACAUAGAGAAGCCAGCCAGGUGGCGCCGGACUCUGAAGACACAGGAAGAUGAUGAGGAGGAGGCAGCCGGCACUGAGAUUGCCAUCGUCCUGGAUGGCUCAGGAAGCAUUGACCCCCCAGACUUCCAGAGAGCCAAAGACUUCGUCUCCAACAUGAUGAGGAACUUCUAUGAGAAGUGCUUUGAGUGCAGCUUUGCCCUGGUGCAAUACGGGGAAGUGAUCCAGACUGAGUUUGAUCUUCGGGAUAGCCAGGAUGUGAUGGCCUCCCUCGCCAGAGUCCAGAACAUCACUCAAGUGGGGAGAGUCACCAAGACUGCUUCUGCCAUGCAGCAUGUCCUAGACAACGUCUUCACACCAAGCCACGGCUCCAGAAAAAAUGCAUCCAAGGUCAUGGUGGUACUCACCGAUGGGGACAUAUUUGAGGACCCACUCAACCUCACUACUGUCAUCAAUUCCCCAAAGAUGCAAGGUGUUGAGCGCUUUGCCAUUGGGGUGGGAAAGGCAUUUGAGAAUAAUAAGACCUACAGUGAAUUGAAGCUGAUCGCCUCAGACCCCGAUGACAGAUAUGCCUUCAAGGUGACCAACUACACAGCACUGGAUGGACUGCUGAGCAAACUGCAGCAGAAUAUCGUUCAGAUGGAAGGCACGGUUGGAGAGGCCCUCCACUACCAGCUGGCACAGAUCGGGUUCAGUGCCCAGAUCCUGGAUAAGGGGCAGGUGCUGCUUGGUGCUGUCGGGGCCUUUAACUGGUCGGGGGGCGCACUGCUCUACGACAUGCACAGCCACCAGGGUCGCUUCCUGAACCAGACUGCGGCGGAUACCAAGAAUGCACAGUACAGCUAUCUGGGUUACGCAGUGGCCCUACUGCACAAGACCUGUGGCCUCUCCUAUGUGGCGGGGGCUCCACGGUACAAGCAGCGGGGGGCCGUAUUUGAGCUCCAGAAGCAGGGCAGAGAGACCAACUUCGUGCCAGUGCUGGAGGGAGAGCAGAUGGGAUCCUAUUUUGGCUCUGAGCUGUGCCCUGUGGACAUUGACAUGGAUGGGACCACGGACCUCCUGCUGGUGGCGGCUCCAUUCUACCACAUUCACAGAGAGGAAGGCAGAGUCUAUGUGUACCAUCUGAAUGAGCAGAAUGGUUCCAAUGGUUCCUUCUCCUUGGCAUGCACUCUGAGUGGGCACCCUGGAUUCACUAAUGUCCGAUUUGGCUUUGCCAUGGCAACAAUAGGGGAUAUCAGUCAGGAUAACCUCACAGAUGUGGCCAUUGGGGCCCCCCUGGAGGGUUUUGAGGCAGUCGAUGGCACCAGCUUUGGCAGCGUGUACAUCUACAAUGGACGCCAGGAUGGCCUUUCAACUAGCCCCUCUCAGCGGAUCAAAGCUUCAGCGGUCGCCUCAGGACUCCACUACUUCGGCAUGUCAGUGGCUGGUGGCUUAGAUCUGACCGGUGACCACCUUGCUGACAUCACUGUGGGCACUCUGGGCCGGGCAGCUGUGCUCCGCUCAAGACCUGUGGUUUACCUGAAGGUGUCCAUGACCUUCACCCCCAAGGCACUGCCCAUUGGCUUCAACAGCAGUGUGAAUGCAUGUUUGUGUUUUGAAAUCAACCCUAUGACCACAGCUGCUAAGUCAGGCUUCAGAGAGACACUCCUGAACUUCACGGUGGAUGUGGACGUGAUGAAGCAGAGGAAGAGGCUGCAGUGUUCAGACAAGAGAAUUUGUCAGAGCCACCAUAAGGAGUGGGAUGGCGGUGUGCCUCGGCUUUGUGAGUCCCUCCUGCUCAUUCCCACAGAGGGAGAGCUCUGUGAGGAGGACUGCUUCUCCAACAUCAGUGUCAGCGUCAGCUACCAACUCCAGACCACGGAGGGCCAGAGGGACCAUCCCCACCCUGUUUUGGACUUCUACACUAAGCCCUUCGCCAUCUUCCAGCUGCCCUAUGAGAAGAACUGCAAGAAUAAGUUGUUCUGUGUUGCUGAGUUACAGAUGGCCACCACUACCUCUCAGCAGGAAUUGGUGGUGGGUCUCACAAAGGAGCUGACUAUGAACAUUAACCUAACUAACUCUGGGGAAGAUUCCUACAUGACGACCAUGAGUUUGAAUUACCCCAGAAACCUCCAGUUUAAGAGGAUACAAAAGCCUCCUUCUCCAGACAUUCAGUGUGAUGACCCUAAGCCAAAUGCUUCUGUGCUGGUCAUGAACUGCAAGAUUGGUUACCCUAUACUCAAGAGGUCAUCUGCAAACUUUUCAGUAGUUUGGCAGCUAGAGGAGAAUGCCUUUCCAAACAGGACAGCCAACAUCACUGUGACAGUCACCAAUUUCAAUGACAAAAAGUCUUCGGUCACACAGAGCCACAGCCUUCAAUUCAAGCAUGCCUUCAUUGCAGUUCUCCCUAAACCUUCAGUGAUGUACAUGAACACAAGCCAGGGGCUUUCUGUCUACAAAGAAUUCCUCUUCAAUAUACAUGGGGAAAAUCUAUUUGGAGCUGUAUUCCAGCUGCAAAUUUGUGUUCCAAUCAAACUACAAGCUCUCCAAUUUAUAAGAGUGAAAAACCUGACAAAGAUUCAGGCCCACACCGAGUGCAAGUCUAGUCCGAAGUCGGACCGCUGUGGGAGCGAUCCUGCUUGGUAUGUGGAAGAAUGGUAUUCAGUGAACUGUACCAUCACUUCGAAUACAGAAAAUGUAACGGUGGCCGCGGAGCUGUCCUUGAAUCAAUCUCAGCAGAUACUUGAGAUGUUACCAAGAGGUGUAACUGAACUACAGAUCGUUGGUGAAAUAUCUUUCAACAAAUCUCUAUAUGAGAGGCUGAAUGCAGAGAACCACAGAACUAAGCUCAGAGAUUCUUUAACCAUGGCCAGUCUACUAAUGAGCUCAUCAAAGAUCACUGUCAUCUUCCUGAAAGAGGAGUAUUAUUUGUCUGUCAUCAUUAUUAUUGGAAGCAGUGUUAGUGGCCUUCUGGUUUUGACUGUGAUUAUAAUCAUCCUGUUUCAGUGUGGCUUUUUUAAAAGAAAAUACCAACACCUGAACUUGGACAGUACAAGGAAGACCCAGCUGAAAUCUGAGAAUCUGCUCGUAGAAGAUUAGGACCAGCUUCCUCAUCUGUUGGGAGAGAACAUCAACCAGUCUUGGUGUCGUUCCUUUUUUUUUUUUUUUAAGAUGAUCUAGAGUAGAAUCUAACAAAUUAAUUGUGGAAUAUUGUUUUUUAACCAUACGUUGUACUAAAAAUGUGUGUUGUGCAGAAAAUAAACUUGGUAAACAUCUGAUAUUAAA